AUGAAGGGUCCAGGAAGAGGCAAGGCCAGCGACACUACCAGGACGCCAUCACGCUGUCUGAGCCCGAGGUCCGAGCGGGCAUGUCAGACUGUGGAUGGUGCUGGUGCUGAGGUGGUGGUGUUCCCGCGACUACCUCCAAGUGCCUCAGGGGAAGUCAGUCUUGAGGUUAUCAUUGGGUACAGGUCUACACACCAUCAACUACCACUAGGCACUGGUUUGAGGCUUUCCCCGGAGUCUUAUCAAGAUGGCUUCCACGAGUAA